GUGAGCCACUUAAAAAGCAGAGCAUUCGUACAGCUGAAUCAUCGGCCCACCAGCCCCGGGAGGAGGGGUAAUAAAUCUGCCUAUUUAGGAGGGGCUGCAUUGCGGAGACAGACAGACACACGCGCACACUCACACUCAGACAAAAGCAAGGCAGAAAAUUCUGCAAGCCUGACGUCCAGCUGCCUCCGAAGACGAGUACGGCACAACGAAGACCCUGUCAGCUGGGUUAGCAGCCAGCAGAUCCAACCCUUCCUUAAAACAGGCGGAGAUGCUGGACACGGCGAAUAGCCAGUACGACUCCUUCCUGUACUGGAGGAUGCCCAUCCCGGAGCUCGACCUGGCGGAGCUGGAGGGGCUGGGGUUGGCCGACGCGGCGCUCUACAAAGCCAAGGGAGGUGUGGGCAAGCGGCCUGGGGACUGGAAGCAGCUCAGGCAGGACAUCGCCGAGGAAGAGGACACUCUCCUGCAGUUCAACAGCUUCAAUUUCUGGCGCGCGCCGAUAGCCAGCGUUAGCGCGUUAGAUUUCGAUCUGGUCUGAUGCCGGCGGCCCGAGCACACGGCCGGGUCUCUUUGGUUAGGUCUCUGUGUUGUCCUUUACUUUGAAAGUGGUCGCUGACGAUGCCGAUUAACGAAUCGCCCAGCGAUGACACCUCCAAGACUCAUCGUCCGUGUUCCCCCCCCCGCCCACCUUCUCUCUUCUCAAGGGUAUGUCUACACAGUACGUGCAGGGUUGGCACACCUGAGCUAGUGUUACUCUAGCUAGCGCGGGUAACCAUCGCAGGGUAGUUGCGGCAGGCCGGCCAUUUGUCCGGUUUUAAGCCGGGCCGUUCUUUUUUUCUGUGGUUGGGCCCCUGUCCAGCACCGGGAUAACGCCGGACACGGGUUUGUCCGGUAUCAGGCAUGGAGGACAUCAUGUUGAAGAGUGCGUCACUCUGCCCCUGCUGGUGUGACUGGGGUCAGGGGAGCUUCCCCAAAAGUGGGGGCGGGGCAGGGACCUCCACCCUCUCCCUGGCACUGCCCCUGCCCCUCCUCUUACCACCGAGACCCCACCCCUGGCAAAGCCAGAAGCGGGGCUGGGGAGCCCGGGCCCCUCCACCUGCCUGGGGUACAGGGAGCUUGAGAGUAGCCCCUGGCCUGUGUUCCCACCCCACCCCCCAAGCCCUCCGCCCAGGGCAGGUGGAGGGUCCGCAGCUCCUCACCGCUGCCCAGGCUCCCCUGGGCUCCUGUUGCCGGUCUGGCCAGGGGGUGGGGCCUCGGGGGAAGAGAAGGGACAGGGACAGGGCCUGUGGCAAAAAGUGGCCCCUGGCCCCCCCUGUUCCAGCGCCCCUGACUGGGGCGCUCUCCAACAUGCCAUCCAUCCGGUCACGCCGAAGGGGCAGUGUCACACAGCUGGGGUCAGCCCCACGCCAUUCCCAGAAGUACUGGAAUGUCUGGUAAUUCUGCGGAUGCAUCAGUGGCCCCCUUAACAUCUGGUGGCCCAGGCUAGCCACCCCAGUACUAGCCUGCCAGAGUCCCGGGGUGCCUAUUUGGGUUGCCAGCCCAUGCCGAAGUCCAUCUCGCCCUUUUCUACCCUGCUAUUGUUACUCAUGCUGGCUAGACCAAAACAAACCGGGGCGUGCCGAGCCAUGCGGCAGUCACACCGUCACGUGCCCGUGGUUAGCUCACAAGUGUUGGAAGCCACAUUCAGUUUGUCUUGGUGUGAGCAGGCAUUGUGCCAUAGCCCUGACCGUACCUGUGCGAGAACGUGCUAGAGAACCACGAAGUAGCGGUCGGAUUUGAGCUCAUUCCUAUUGUGUUUUAUUAAGAAACGGGCGUGCAAACAGAAGACCACCUCACCUGUCCAAAUUCCCCUCUUAGCUGAAGUCCGAUCACAUUGCCCUGGGGUGGCGGACAUCCCUGCUUCUCUAAACGCUCCCAUUUUUCCAACCUGCGCUCAGUUUCCCCACCCUUUCCAUUUGGAUAUUCAAGGUUUCUCUGCCAGGCAAACGCCAGCGGGCCCUUUCUUCUGCUCAAUAGGGGCCAAUCAGGCGCAAGCCUCAUUCCUGAAAAAGAGUCCCAGCCUCUCCGCCUUGUCCAAAACCGCAGAGCAAAGAGAAAACCAUCAGUGUGAGAAUUUUGCUAGGAACGUGGAUACAUUUUCAUUAGGACGCAGGGAAAUUUUGGGGACAGAGCCUCAGGAGGUAUUGAUGGAGCCUGUUUCCACCAGCCGCAGAUCUGGCCCAUGCUGCCUGACGCACUAAAACCAAAUACAGCCACCACAUCAGUUUUGCCUUAAAGACUUGGGGUUAAAUAUUGUUCGGGCUCCCAUCCCCUGGGAUUACUGCCACAUCGAACAUGGGUCGCAUGUGGGCUCUGAGGGCCCGAUUCCGAUUGCCUUGUAGUGCCUCACGCCACGAGCCAGGCAUUGGCCUUCUAAAGCCAGGGAGCAAGGUGCUACUCCGUGUGAGGAUGGCUAUCGGAACCGGACCCUUACGGCUGGCUCUUGCUGCCCGUAUCGCAGGAGGGCCACGCUGCUAAUCCUCUCGCUGGUGAUCAUCCGAUUCACCUACUCCCCUACUCUCAUGAAGUAUUCGGAUGCUCAUGGAGUAUCAAGAGUAUUAGGCAUUGUGCUUUACCAACCCCACUGGCUUCCCGGGCGGCUGUGGGCUCCGUCAGCCCCGGCCUGCUCCACCUGGCUGGCGUCAGGCUUGGAGCGAGGGGAGAGCCCGGCUCAGAUGAAGGCUGAUUGGGGAGGAGAGCAGAUCUCCAGCUGCGAGAGAGCAGCUGAGCCUUCCAGAGCCUCCCUAGGGAGAGGCAGGAGAGUUGUGGGACUAUGGCUGGGUCUAUGUCAGCCGUGAAUGACCUGACCCGGCCGCUGAGUUAGUCUGCUGCAAAUGGUGCCCUGCCUGAAGGGGGCGACUGCUUGGGAAUAGACCUUUUGUUUCCUUAUGCCUGACUGCGGACUUAGGGCUGACUUGUCCGGAGCCGAGCAGCAAACUGACCGCAGCUGCCUAGCUCCCAUUGAUUUCAAUGGGGGUUAGGCACCUAAAUACCUAUGGGGAUCUGGGCCUUAGGGGCUACUUGGAGUGAGCAGUCCUCAGGGGAAGGGGUUAAACAAACAAACAAAAAAACAAAAAAACUAUUUUUCUUCCCCCCAAGUGCAAAAGAAGUGUCUGGAAACAAGUGGUGGAAAAUCUGGGAGGUUUUUUUAAUGUCCACUUAAAUAAAAAAAGGCCCGUUGGCUGGAUUGUUCACACCUGUGCUGACGCCAGCUAUGAGACACGUUAGCCCAAAAGGCAACAGGACAAGAGAGAUGGAAAAGACUGAAGAGGAGGGUUUGUGCUUAAGGGUAGCAUUGCUCCAGUGUAUCUGCUGUUUAUGGUUCUCAGUGCUGCAAGGGAGGCUAGGAACGUCUAUACGGAGAUUAAUUGUAACAGAUCUAUGGCAGCCUUGGACUUCACAGAGGUCACCAUGCUGCAUCAGGUGGUUGUUUGGAAUUUCAGAGUGAUAGAACCCAGAGCCACGGCUCCAGGCCUCUACAGCGUGAGCUCAGAGUGAAUUUCCUUGAGCAGCUACCGGUAUAGGGUCUAUGACCCACAGUGGAGCAGUUCUGAUUCCACCCACCAGAGGACGGGUGCGGCUGCACACUAGCCGGUUCUUGACGUUAUGAUGCUAGUCAGGAAAGCCACAAUGUGCAGCAACUCAAAGCCUUCCAGGGAGCUUGCAGAGUAUGUAACGAGUAGAAGGGAACGAGGCAGCCUGAACUAGUAAACGGCUAUGAAAAAUGUAAAUUCCACAUACAGAGCAUGGCUAUUUCACCUUCCAAAAAUACCCAGGCUGCGGACUUUAAGAUGCCAAUUUUAAACUGGAGGUGAAGAAUGUAAACUUCCCUUCGCAGGCCUGUAUGGUUUUGUGUCCCAAGCCAAAAAGCCAUGGAAACCAGGGGAGAGGUACUUAUAAUGAAACUUUAAAUAAAAUUAGUUUUUAAAAAAGUACACAUUCCUGUGGACACUUGAAAUCCAUACAGACUGGAACAAAACACUCUUUAUAGCUGCUAUUCCUCAGCUGCCUUCAAACCGUUUAAAGGUCUUUUGACUAUCUAUGGUAAACGGACAUGCCAAACAGUGGGUGUGCCUGGUCUGAAACGCCUGCCUUCUUGCCUGGGGGAGUGAAAAAUCAAGAGGCUCCUAAAAUAAAGGGUCUGCUUCUCCUUUACCCUGCACCAGUGCCAACUCAGUGUAAAAGACACUUGUACGGGAAGUGCUUUCUGUUUCAGGAGAAAUCCUGCAAUUUUGAAAAAAAUUUUCCCAUUCCAGAACAAAAAAACAAAACAAUUCAAAAAUUUCCUGUGAAACAAAAUGGGGGGGGGGGUGUGGGGGGGGACUAUUUUGGGUGGAUCACAAUGGUUCACUCUGAUUUCAGCUUUUUCAAAAUUGUAUAUUCUAUUGUCUAAAGUCAAACUAUUGACCAAUCAAUCAUUUUGAAAUGGAACAUUGGCAAGUUUGGUUCCCGAAAGAGUGAAAUGGAACUUUCCGACCUUACUGGAACGCGCCAUUACGCCUUUGUUUCUGAAAUGAAAGGGUCAAAAUUGACACGUUCCCGACAAACACUUUGAUUGGGACGAACCAGUAUUUUCCGAAGGAAAAACGUGCCACUCGAAACCUUCCCAGCAGCUCUAGUGACAGACACAGCCAUUCUGAGCAGAUAGCACUGGAUAUCCACUUGGCGUUGGGGUAAAUGCUAUCCAAAGGUGCAGGGUACCAGAGAACUGGCCCCAAGUCUCCAAGACCGACGUGUUUAAUGUUCAGUGUGCCUUACAAAGAGUAAGAAAGCAGGUCAAUGAAUGGGAGAAAUCAUAGAAUCAUAGAAUAUCAGGGUUGGAAGGGACCUCAGGAGGUCAUCUAGUCCAACCCCCUGCUCAAAGCAGGACCAAUCCCCAAUCAAAUCUACUAAAUUAAACUGAAACGAAAACCACUGAAUUCUCCAUCCACCUUUCACUGCUGGUUUGGAGUCAGUGCUGAUACAAGAGGCCUAGGAAUGGAUUACAGAAACCUGCCUUUAUCUUGGUUUCUGUGUGAAAUCUGAGGCUAUGUCUUCACCCUUCAUGAGAUCUUUCUACAUCCUGAAUUUAGAACCGGCAUGCUUCCAGGGUCUAUAUAUUCCUCAGAUCUCACAGAGAAACAAAGGUGUCCUGAUCAAGCCAAUAUGGUCAAGGGGAGUUGUGCGUGUUUGGUCAAUAGGUACUGGGCCCUUAGGUUCAUGCACACAAUCUAAUGGACUGAAGCAACUGCUGAGAACUAGAAAUCUCAAUAUCUGGGUGGGUUAAGUAUCAUACGCUGUACGCAGAAUGUAAUGCUACUGUACUUUCUCCUAGACCAUGCACAGCUGAUUACAGGGCUGUAUAGGUGUCCAGUAGUCCUCUUACAUACAGAAAUCUGCAGCGUAUACACACCAGUUCUGUGUAUGGCUCUCUCGUACAUUGCAAGUUGCAAAAGGCUCCUGAGUAAGUUGUGUUAGUGAGGAGUCCUUGUUUAUCCCCCCUUUAUAAGGACAGAUGCCUUGUUUGCCUUCACAAAUCAUUCAGUCUUCCACUUGCCCAGCUGUCUAGCACUUCCACUGCUUCUUUGUGUUCUCCAGGACGGAAUGAGCGAAACCGAUGCCAGAGGUGUUUUCCAAAAUCUUCAAGUGUAAUGGUCCCAAACUCUAACCGAUGGCUUCACCUGGCAGUCUGGCACUGUGCUGCCUCCGAACAAACAUUAAUAAAGUGUUUCACCCCUGAACCACGCUAAAUCUUCUCUGCGUGAAUAUUAUGCCACGAUUCGUAUUCUUUGAACUAAAAUGUUUAUUGCGGCAACAGAUUCACCAAACUAUCACUCCGCUGCUUUUACUGUCUAUUGCUUUUGCCGGGCAUUUAGAAGCCUGGCAUUUCCGCUAAGAUUUCAGCUUCCUCACCACUUUGUGCUCCAUAAUAUCAUCUUUCACCUCUCUUGCCAUUUCAUAAUAAUAAAAGAGUAUGAAACUAA